AUGUCGAGUCGAGCAUAUCUAAACUACACAUACGAUGCGUAUGCAAUGCACACAAAAACACCACACACACACCAGUACAGCUCAGCAACAAAGAUAUUAAGUGCUGAAAAUAGAUUAGAACCAAAUAAAAAUAAAACAAUAAUCAUUAGCGGUAGGCAACGAAGCGAUGUGUGGAGCUAUUUUUCACAAAAAGAAAACGUAAAAGCAGUUUGUAAUAUCUGCAAAGCUGAAAUUUCGUUUAAGAGUACAAUAACUAAUUUAAAAAGCCACCUGAAAAGGAAGCACGUAGGCGUUUAUACAGAACUUGUUUCCAAAAAUUGUGCAAAUGAUAAUUCGCAGAAUAGCAGCGGAUCAGUAAUACCUCUUGAGUCUGAAACAGCCACCAUUAACACCGAAAGCGCAGAAACGAUUCCUCAGCCAAAUGUAUCCGUACCGGUAAUACCUUCAGCAUCCAGCGGCCAAAAUCGAGUAAAACGGCAACGAACAAUUGGCUCCUACAUUGCUAAAGAAAUAACUUCACACCAAAAGAAUCUAAUUGAUCGGGAUCUUCUCGAUUUAUUUGUGAAGGAAUUUCAUCCAUUUAGUAUUGUUGAAGAACCUUCCUUUCGGAAGGUCAUCAAAUGGAUUCCCGGAUAUGAACUUCCUUCAAGGAAGACAAUUUCAACAACAAUGAUACCUGCCCUGUAUCAAAGCUGUGUUGAAAAUGUUCGAGAUUUGGUGUCACGCGAGGCAAUAUCUGUUUGCUUGACGACAGACUGCUGGACAUCUGCCAACAAUGAGAAUUAUAUGGCAACAACCGCUCAUUUCAUAACUGAAGGGUUUACGUUUAAGACUGUAUUAUUGAAAUGCUCUUAUUUAAGUGGGAGUCAUACGGCCGUUCAUCUCGCGGAGGAGAUAAAAAAUAUAAUAUUGGAAUGGAAUUUAGAGGGAAAGGUAAAUUAUGCUAUUUCGGAUAAUGCAACAAAUAUUACAAAAGCGUUAGCUGAUAUAUUGAGUUUGAAGCAUUAUGGCUGCUAUGCCCAUAGCCUUAAUUUAAUUAUUCAACGAGCUCUUAAGGAACUGGAGCCAACACUAGAAAAAAUUAAAAAAAUCGUAACGUUUUUUAAAAGAAGUUCGUUGAACAAUGAGAAACUCUUGAAAUUUCAAAUAAAUUCAGGUGUUUCUCAACCAAAACGUUUGAUUCAGGAUGUGAGUACGAAGUGGAAUUCUACCUUUUAUAUGCUACGUCGGUUCAUAGAGCUAGAGGAGGCAAUACGAGCGACUAUAGCUUUAGUUGACAGGAAUUUGCCCGUUCUCACAGGAGAGGAAUGGAAGACCUGCAAGGAAGUGUGCAACAUAUUGAGCCCAUUCGAAGAAAUGACAAAUUCGAUGAGUGGCGAAAAAUACAUGACAGGAAGCGCCGCGAUUGUGGUCACCCGGUGUCUUAAAGGUGUUUGCGAACGGUUUGCCCGAAAUUCUACCUUCUCUGCAGCGACAGAAAAAGUUGUCAGCUCAUUACGUCGGGAAUUGACUGAUCGAUUUGGAAAUAUAGAAAAAAUUAUCCCGCUGGCGAUUUGCACCCUUCUAGAUCCCAGAUAUAAGCAUCAUGUUUUUCAAGAUGAUUCUGCACUUUCCGCGGCUAAAACUUUUUAG